ACUCGCUCAACUACACACUACUAAUCAUGAAGUCGUUCGCUACAUUCGCCGCAGGCCUCGCCGCCACCACGCUUCCUUCGCUCGCUACUGCCAAUUCCAUCUUCGACUUUUUCAAGACGCGUCAAGCAGCGCCACAGAGCUGCGACAUAGACUCGACACUGUGCCCGGGAUGUGACGGUAGGAAUGUCACCGACGACGCGGGCCAUCGCUGGACAGUCACUUGCGAUUUUGCCAUUGAGGCAGAGAAGGAAACGCCUGUUGGCGGAGACAUCUCCACCGCCAUCUGCUUGGAUGCCUGCACCGACAACGACGACUGCUUCGGUAUCACCUUCGCCCCGAACGGCAGCUGCGCGAUUGCCUCCGGACAGCAGAAUGGGCUGACCUACUCUUCUGGCUACACCAACUUGGCGCGUCUAGCCGACCCUGCUCCUGCUACCACAUCUUCUUCACGUGGAAGCAUCAGCACAACGGUUACCGGCUCAGGUGUCACCCGCACUACUCGCGUCCACAUCACCACUACCGAGUCCAGCCCCGCUGCCUCUUCUACUCCUCCCGGGAUGAGCGGCCAAUGCGAUCUCGACGACGCGGCCAUGUGUCCGAAGUGUUCUGGCCAAGUUGCUGUCGAUAGCACUGGCAAAGCUUACCGGGUUCUCUGCGAUACCUCCAUCAACUCCAACGGAAGCUACUCCCCACAAGAAUGGUUGUCCCCUGACGAAUGUCUCGAGGAGUGUGACAAGCUCGACUUUUGCACUGGUGCUACUUACUUCGACGAGCGAAGCUGCGAGCUCGCCAAAGGAGAACCCGACACAGUUUUCGAUGAGUCCUUCACCGCUUUCCUCCCACUCUUGACUCCGACGGCAUCCUCCACCACGGUGCUGGCUCCUACUCGUGUCCCAGCUCGGAACUCCUCGUCAGCUGUGUCGACUACCCGCGCCCCACAACCGAGCGUAUCGAUCCAGCCUGUCAGCUCGCGUUGCAAUGUGUCCGCAGUCACCUGCAACGAGUGUGACGGAUUUCCCAACACUGAUAGGCUGAACGGCUCCUACACAGUCAUCUGCGAACGCGAACCGAUGUGUGUCACCACCGACUCGCGCGGACAAGCUUCGCAAGAGCAGUGCCUACAGUUGUGCGAUCAGGAUGUGGCUUGCCUAGCUGCUAUGUGGGCGCCAGGUUCGCGUGCGUGCAACCUCUGCCUACGAGGAUUCGAGUUGAGCCGCGUGGCCGGACCUUUGCCUUACGUGCUGCUCGCAGCUGACAUAGACGGGGACGAUGACAAUACGACUCGCGAGAGCACUGCUCUGCCGACUGCAGUCCCGCCCUCGCCAGUACGCAACAUCACCAACCUACCAGCUCCCUUUCCCACAGAAUCGUCGACGGCCACUUCUCUGUCUAGGAUGAGUUCUAUGCGAGUCAGCUUCGCCCCAACCUCAUCAUCGGCUUUGCCAAGCCAGACCGAGGUCUCGUGCCCAGCAUCCGACAACAGUGUGUACAUUGAUGCCGACUCCAAGGCUGCAUUUGCAGUCGGCUGCGACUCGCGCUUCGACGGCUCUCACUCGGCCUACGUUACAGCUUCUGACUUCGAGGCAUGCGCCGCCCUGUGUACUGGCUCUUGCGACGGUGUCCAGUUUGGUGCAACCAGCCGCUGUGGUCUCUACACCAGCAUUACCUUCAUCGGUGGGGCGCAGAGCUGGACUGCUGCUGCGCGCAUCACGAAUCCAAGCUCUACUGGUUUCCCAGCAUCAGGGUCAUCCGCUGCCGUGACUACCUCGGCCAGCGCCAAUCCUGUUCCAACGAGCAGCACAUUCAGCUAUGCCUCGCCACUCACAAGUGCGUUCACGACCAGCCGCCGUUCUAAUGUCACGGUCGUCGCUCAGUCACCGGGCAUCACGAGCCGUGCCGCUCCGUCGUCGUACAAGCUUGUCUGA